AUGCCAUCGAGAACUCUCGUCUCCAGCGCCUCAAGGAGAAAAUCUCGCCCUACAUCCUUUACAGCUGUGUGGCGUGCGGGUAAGUUGCUGUGCAUCCCGGAUCCGCAUUGUUCUCGCGCCCCAGUCAGGACCACCCCCACACGGAGGACGAGAUCUCGGGUGCUUCUUCCGCUGCUCAUCUUCGAACUGUCAUGGCUUGUGAACGCCGUUACGCUUUCAGACGAGUCUCCAACACAGGAUCCCCAAAACAGGAUACUUCAGGAUCUUCGUGACGCAGCGAAAGCAGAUCCUGCGUAUACUCAUCUACUCGAUUGUGUCACAUCAGGAUUUCCUCGCAACAGAUAUGACCUUCACAAUUCCUUACUUCCUUAUUGGAAACUACGUGAAGAUCUCUACGCCGAUGGUGACCUUGUCCUGUAUGGAGCAAGGGUUGUAGUUCCUGCCGCUCUCCGUCGUCGCACCUUGUCCCACUUGCAUGACAGCCACAGAGGUGUGGAAGCAACCAAGCGCAGAGCAAGGCAGUCAGUUUUCUGGCCUGGCAUUGACUCUGAUAUUGCCAACACAGUCAGAGCUUGUGAGGCAUGUCAGACAUUGCAGCCAUCUCAGCCGCAGGAACCUGUAAUGAAUGACGACAACCCGACAAGACCUUUAGAGUCCGUCUCAGCCGACUUCUUUGUUGUUGCAGGGAAGUCUUUCUCGUCGUCGUCGAUCGCCUGUCAGGAUGGCCUGUUGUCGCACCCUGCCGAGGCGAUACUACCGCUUCUAAUACUAUCAGGAUCUUCUGCCGCUAUUUCCGUGAAGUUGGUGUCCCCCUUCGCCUAAGGACAGAUGGAGGCCCCCAAUUCACCAGCGCAGAGUUCAAGGAUUUUAUGAAGCGAUGGGGAGUUCGACACAUGGUAACCUCACCCCACUACCCACAAUCGAAUGGUCACGCUGAAGCCGCUGUGAAGUCGAUCAAGCACCUCAUCCUCAAAACAGCCCCAUCUGGCAACAUUGAUUGUGAAGCAUUUGACUGAGGCUUAUUGGAGCUCAGAAAUACUCCUAACUUUACUGGACGCUCUCCUGCCCAGAUCCUGUAUGGCUGUCCUCUCAGGUCAUGUAUCCCUUCCCACCCUCAAGCAUUCUCCAAGGAGUGGCAGGUCAAGACCGAAGCUUGUGACCGCCGUGCUGCCGCUCGUUACAAGCAGGUAAAGACCAAGUACGACAAGCAUGCCCACCCCUUACCCACGUUGAGUGUCGGACAGCAAGUUCGGAUUCAAGACCCGACCUCUCAUCGUUGGGACAAAGUUGGCACUGUCAUGGGUCAUGGAAGGUCAAGAGACUAUCAAAUUCGUCUCCCUAGUGGUCGUGUGUGGUGGCGUAAUCGUCGUUUUCUUCGCCUGGUGCCACCCACUAAUAGUGACCCCUUGCUCCCUGUCCCUGUGGCCCCUAGCCAGGACCUAGAAAGAGAGUUCUUAGUCAGUAUUCCUCCAGUAAACCCAUGUCGUUCCCAAAGACUCAUGGAAAAGGCACGUCGUUCCCAAAGACUCAUGGAAAAGGAGUCCGCUCGAGAAUGCACUACGAGCGUGAGGGGGAGGGAGGUGUAGGUACAUGAAAAAGACGCAUUUCACAUGUACCAGUAUUAUUAUGUUAUUAUUAUGUUCAAACAUUAUUUCACAUGUUGCGCGCCAUUAGAGUAUCCCAUGUUAAGUCCAGUAAUAUGAUAUGGCAACAUUUAAGUAUUGGCAACAUUGUAAUUAUUGCUCUCGCGAGGCAGUCUCGUCUCGUCUGUCUAUUUGUUUAGCUGGCUGCUCUUUGUCCCCUGGAUCUUGUAUAUAUUUCUACAAUAGACAUUUAGAACCUACAUUUAAGUUGUGUCCUUGCCCCUCCACUUAAGGUUAAGGAGUUUACCAACACAUACAAACCCCAGACUUCAAGGCUUCUCAUCGGUGGUUUGAUAAAUUCCGUAAACGGACUGGCAUCCAUUCGGUAGUGCAACAUGGAGAGGCUGCCAGCUCAGACAUGAAAGCGGCCGAAGCCUUUAUUAAGGCGUUCGACGAGAUGACGAUCAACGAAGGCUACAGCUCUCAGCAAGUCUUCAACUGUGAUGAAACUGGCCUUUUUUGGAAAAAAAAAUGCCUCGUCGGACGUACAUCACGGAGGAAGAGAAGAAGCUACCCGGGCAUAAGCCAGUAAGUGCUAAAGGAGAAGCUUCCAAUGAUGUGAAGGGAUAAUGCGAAAGCCUGGGUAAUGAGACUUUUGUUCACUGAGUGGGUAAAUCUGUGUUUCGGCCCGACAGUGAAGAAAUUCUUGGAAGAGAAGCGUCUCCCUCUGAAAUGUCUGCUGUUGUUUGACAAUACCCCUGCUCACCCUCCUGGUCUCGAGGAAGAUAUCCUAGCGGAGUAUUCUUUCAUCAAGGUUCUUUAUCUUCCGCCUAACACCACCCCUCUCCUCCAGCCCAUGGAUCAGCAAGUGAUAUCGAACUUCAAGAAGCUGUAUAUGAGUUUCAACAUCACUGAUACUACAAACCUCACCUUGCAUGAAUUUUGGAUGGAGCAUUUCGAUAUCGUCAUAUGCAUCUGACUCCUCGAUCAAGCUUGGCAGGAGGUUUUGAGGCGAACCUUGAAUUCUUCGUGGAGGAAACUCUGGCCUGAUGCCGUAUCCACCUGAGACUUCGAGGGAUUCGACAUGGGCGAAGCUGAUGCAGAUUCAGAAACAGUUGACAACUGAAACUGUUUCGCAACCAGAUCUUGACGAGAUCGUUGCUCUCGGCAAGUCCAUGGGGCUGGUCGUUGACAAGGACGACAAUAAUGACCUUCUCGAGGAGUACCAAGUGGAGCUUACGACGGAUGACCUGAAGGAGUUGGAGGCCAUGCAACAUAAUGUCGUUCAAGAAGAGUUCUCUAGCAGCGGCGAGGAGGAGGAGGACCUUAUGACAAUGGCAGAAAUUAAGGAUGCUCUAGCUGCUUUUCAUAAAGUGCAAUCAUUUGUAGAAAAGAGACACCCCGAAAAGGCUUACACAGGUCGUAUGCUUGAGCAGUUCGAUGACGUUUGCCCGAGUCAUUUCAGGAACAUUGUUAAAAGCAGGCAGAAGCAAUCUUCCUUGGAUAGUUAUUUAUUAAAAGAGGCCUUUAGAAGUGGUAAGCAAACAGGAAGAUCCAAGUGAUAUGAAAAA